GCGGAAAAAGAAGUCAAUCAUCUGUUCAACAAUUUCACUUCUCUAUCUGAGCUAAAUAUAUUCAGUCCAAAUUUCAAAUGGAAAUAAUUGGGUAUAGUUGUAUGAUUAUUUUAUAAACAUGGCAUACAUUAUGCUUCAAGUCAUCUCAAUCUUCUAUCUCAUUUUCUUUCUGUUUGAUACUUUUUUAAGCAGUGCUUCAUAGUUCUCGAGACGGGUUCAUAAAUUCUUGGUUUCCAACUCUUAGUAGAAAAGAGUCCAAAGGCAUUAGGGGAGCAGUGAAGCGUGAAAUGGGUACUGGACGGAUGGCUUUUAUGAUGGUGCUCGUGGGAGUUUUUGUACUUCAUGGAUUAGCUAUAUAUUUAUUCACAAAAGGCUUUCUUCUCACCCGCACAGAGCUUUCGCAAUACAGCCAGUGCUCUGAUAUCCACAAUUCUCCCUGCUUUCAACCUCCUUCAUCUUUUAUCAAUCAAAAGAAAGAAGAACAUGAAGAAACGGCCAAACAUUCUCCCCAUGUUAAUAAUCAAAGCCAAAGUUGUUGGACCAAGCAAUCUGUUGACCGCCUUGUCAUCAUCGUUCUUGAUGCUCUCAGGUUUGACUUUGUUGCUCCCAGCACAUUUUUUCAGGAGAAGAAACCAUGGAUGGACAAAUUACAUGUAUUGCAUAAGCUCGCCACUCGGCCUGGAUCAUCUGCUAGGAUCUUCAAAGCUAUAGCAGAUCCACCUACUACCAGUUUGCAGCGUCUAAAAGGCUUGACAACGGGUGGACUUCCUACUUUUAUUGAUGUGGGAAAUAGCUUUGGUGCUCCUGCAAUUAUUGAGGAUAAUUUGAUAUAUCAGAUGGUUCAUAAUGAAAAGCGAGUGUUGAUGAUGGGAGAUGACACUUGGUUGCAGUUGUUUCCUAAACAUUUUAACAGAUCGUAUCCGUUCCCUUCCUUCAAUGUCAAAGAUCUUCAUACGGUUGACAAUGGAUGCAUCGAGCACCUAUUUCCAUCUUUGCACAAAAAUGAUUGGGAUGUGCUUAUUGCACAUUUUCUUGGAGUGGAUCACGCUGGACAUAUAUCAGGUGUUUAUUCUGCUCAAAUGAUAGAGAAGUUGGAACAAUACAAUGGGAUUCUGGAGAAAAUAGUAGAUGUGCUGGAGGGCCAGAGUGGACCAGGAGGGUUACAUGAAAACACUUUGCUUCUUGUGAUGGGUGAUCAUGGGCAAACUGUCAAUGGUGAUCAUGGUGGGGGGACUGCUGAAGAGGUUGAGACAUCACUUUUUGCCAUGAGUUUUAAGAAGCCUCCAUCUCCUUUACCAGUGGAAUCCGGCCCUUCAUCUUGCAAUGUUGACUUGGAUGGAAACAAGAUGUGCAUUAGCUCCAUCCAACAGCUUGACUUCGCAGUUACAUUGUCAGCUCUUCUUGGUGUUCCCUAUCCAUUUGGAAGCAUUGGACAAGUUAAUGCUGAACUCUAUGCAUUAGCAGCUGGCACUUGGAAUUUAGAGACUUUUGGCAAUGGUAAUGGUAAUGGUCAAAAUCAAUUGGAGAGGUGGAUGCAAAAUUAUGUCAACGCACUUUGCAUCAAUGCAUGGCAGGUUAAGAAUUAUAUUGAUGUGUAUUCAGACUCAUCACUUAUUGGGUUUUCAGACAAAGAUCUGUCACAUACUACUGACCUUUAUGAUCUGGCACAAGAGAUGUGGUCACAUACCAAAGAUGCUCUGGUGCAAUGUCAAAAUGGGAAUAGCUCUACAUCAUUACCAAUACUGAAGAAGCAAAUUUAUGCUUAUUCUAACCUUUUGGAUAGUAUUAAAACUCUUGCUCGAUCAAAAUGGACAGAGUUUAAUUUAACGGUGAUGGGUGCUGGUUUUGCCUUGAUGUUGCUUUCUCUUCUUUUCCAUGUUAUCUUCAUCAAGAAGUUGGACAAGUCAUAUGGAUUGCAUUUUCCUUACUGUGGCAAAUUUUUGAUAUCUUUGGAGGUUCCUUUUGCUUAUAUUACAGUCUUGAUCCGGGCAUUUAGCUUUCUCUCGAACAGUUUCAUUUUGGAAGAAGGAAAAGUCGCUAUUUUUCUUUUAGCAACAACUGGAACUAUUCAGUUACGCCGAGCAAUAGCUGCAAAUAAAUUGCAAUCAGAAGCUCUAGUUUUUCUUGUCCUGGUCCCCUUCCUCAGAUUUGGAAUCGAAAUAGGACAGUCAAAGCAAGCAGUCAAUUCUUUAUUUUUAAAAACAUUUCCUUCAUGGACUCUAGCAGUAGAAAAAGAUUCUGUGUUCUGGAUUUAUGGGGCUGAUCUCUUACCAAUAGUAGCUCUUAUGCUUCUAGCAUUUAUGGUGCACAAGAGCGCAUCUCAAGGCAUCUCGAAGUAUAUUGUUGCAGGAACUAUAUGCAGCUAUGUUCUAACAGCCUUAAUUUGGAUUACAGAUAGUAACAUGUUUGGUUUAAGUGUUAUAAUUGACAGCGGUAAAGCAAAUUGGAUUUCUCGAAUAAUAUAUCUAUUAGGUAUUAUGCAAAUUCUAUUAUUGGCAAUCAGCCGAUUUUCUAGUAAACAAGGAACUUCAGACCGGGAUAGAUGCAAAAUUGAUGCGUUGUCUAUGUUAUUCGCUUGGAGUUCAAUCAUCAUCAUUCUGUCAGGAAAACAAGGGCCUUUGGUUGCUUUAGUAGCUGUGGUUGAAGGUUGGUGCAUACUGAGGCUAGCGAGAUUAGAGCAGGGAGAUCUGGGUUCAACAUCGCGUUGUCUUCCAGUGAUCCAAUGGAGCCUAUUAGCUGCAUGCCUCUUUUUCUGUACUGGUCACUGGUGUACAUUUGAUGGUCUCCGUUAUCCUGCGGCUUUUAUUGGGUUUGAUGAAUUCAACCUUGUUCGUCAAGCUGUUCUUCUGACUAUUGAUACAUUCGGCUUUUCUCACAUUCUUCCGAUUAUUGGACUUCCGUUUCUUGUUGCCUACCAAAUUCCUGUGAAGAAUACCAAUCAAUUUUUUUACACGGACUUGUUACAAGUAUACUUAAUGUAUGGACUUGCUAUGGCUACAACUGCAACCCUCACUAUCUUAUCUGCCACAAUACAGAGACGGCAUUUGAUGGUGUGGGGAUUAUUUGCUCCAAAAUUUGUUUUCGAUGCAGUUGGUCUUCUUCUGAAUGACUUCCUAAUAUGCCUAACAUCACUCUACUAUUUGUCUAACUGAACACCGACUUAACAAAAUCUACUUGGAGGCAGAAGUGUUUGAAUGGCAGCAAAUUUUCAUGUUACUCUUCUUGGCUUGGGAGUCUAGAUUCCCCGUCCAUUUGAUGCUUGCCUUUUUGUGCUGCUGAUUGGUUAUCAGUUGGAUUGAGGAUUAGAUGGAUACAAUACAGAAGAAUCUCACCCUGAAGCCUAUCUUCGUCUGUGAACUUCAAGUUCAACUAAGUUCAACCUCACUGCGUUACAUCUGCAGUCAACUAAUGCUUUCAUUUGUCAUUGUGCAACUUUCUGUAUCUUUGAGCUUCGGAAAACUUUUUCUCGAAUUGCUCAUCCUCAUUAAGCUCACGAGGAACAUACUUUUAUAAAAUCUCUUGCACCCAUUGUCACAAAUUAAUGCCAGAAAUUAAAGCCUUAGAACACAACACUUUUAUGAUUAGAGCCCGUUUGGUAACACUUAAUUGGAUUAUUAUAUACUAGGUUGAAAUUCGUAAUGAAUAUGCUUAAUUAUGAAAAAUAUGUAGUAUUAAAUAAUUUUCAUUAUUAACAUAAAGAACAAAUUAUAUGAAAAAUAGAAAAGUACUCGUCUUCAGCAAUUUCAAUCCAUUCGAAAAGUAAUUACUCGAUUAUUACACA